AUGUUUGACGGGAAAAUUGGGAUAUUUUCAUUUGUUUAUAAAGAAGCAGCUAAGCGUAGAAGUAAGAACCGAGAAGCUGGAACCUUAGAAACUAAACCUAUUGAAACGGUAAAUAAAGAAGUUACGAAAAAAUGGUUGAUUGAUUAUGUAUUACCUGCAAUACGAGCAAAAUGGCCUCCAAGUAGUUCAAAGACUAUAUUUAUUCAACAAGAUAAUGCAAAACCACAUAUUAGUAUGAAUGAUGCUGAAUUUCUUGAGGCUGCAAAGAAAGAUGGCUUUGAUAUUCACUUAACUUGUCAGCCUCCAAAUAGCCCAGACAUGAAUGUAUUGGAUCUUGGUUUUUUUAGAGCUCUUCAGUAUUUACAACUUCAAGAAGUUCCUCGCAAUGUGGAUGAACUAGUUGCUGCUACUCAUAAAGCCUUUGAUGAGAUCUCAAUAGAAAGUCUUAGUAAUGUUUUUCUGACAUUGCAACUAUACAUGGUUGAAGUUAUGAAAAAGUUUGGAGGUAAUAAUUAUAAGUUGCCACACAUAAAUAAGCAGAAGUUAGCACGAGAAGGUCGAUUACCUACCAAUAUCUUAUGUGAUCCAGAAGUCUUGACUGAAGCAAUUUCAAGUCUCCAGCAGUGA